AUGUGUGGAAUUUUUGCAAUUUGCCAUUGCUCGAAAAAUGGAUUAAGACCGCCAAAAUUUUCUCUUGCAGUUGCCGAGGAACGCUCUAAACGCCAAAAGCACCGUGGUCCAGAUUAUCAUGGAUCCUAUCAGAAUGAGGUAACAGGUGAUUUGCUAGUGCAUGAGAGGCUAGCAAUAAUGGAUUUAAGCUGCAAACAUCCAUUUCAAGGGACAAAGAAGGACCAUCAGGUCAUUCAUAAUGGGGAAAUAUAUAAUCAUAAACAUCUACGUCAAACCAUUUUAAACAAAUACGAUUUUAAAACAACUUGCGAUUCUGAAGUGAUAAUAUUUCUAUACGAAAAGGAAAGAUCCGGAAUGAUGUGCAAUAUUUUGGAUGGUAUAUUCACAUUUGCUUUGAUAUUUGAAGAAGAAUUCCUAGUGGCAAGAGACCCGAUCGGUGUUAAACCACUAUUUUAUGGUGUAUGCGAGGAAGGCCGAUACUAUUUCAGUUCCGAAAUGAAAGUAAUUGAAGAUAUAUGCGGAGAACAUGAGUUGAAAGCAUUUCCGCCUGGUCAUUUCUGGACCCCGAAAACUGACUUUAUUCGUUAUUAUGAGCCGUUAUGGUUUAAUCAUCUAAAUGCAACCAAAGAUAUGAAUCUGAAGGACAUACGAAAUCAGUUGAUAAGCGCUACAGUGAAGCGUCUCAUGAGUGAUGCACCUUUAGGCAUUCUGCUGAGUGGAGGUCUUGAUUCCAGCAUUGUUGGUUCAAUAGCGGUGAAAGAGGUGCAUCGUCGCGGAAGGCAAUUAAAGUCAUUUUCAAUUGGUCUAAAUGAAAAUUCACCAGAUUUGAUUGCAGCACGUCAAGUAGCUGAUUUUCUGAAGACGGAGCAUUAUGAGUUUUAUUUUACCUUGGAGGAAGGUUUAAGCGCUAUUGGGAAGAUAAUUUGGCAUUUAGAAUCGUAUGACAUAACUACAAUUCGUGCAUCGACUCCGAUGUAUUUGUUAUCAGAAAAAAUCUCUAAACUUGGCGUCAAAGUUGUAUUAUCAGGCGAAGGUGCGGAUGAAAUAUUUGGUGGCUAUUUAUAUUUUUGCAAUGCACCAAAUGAUGAAGAAUUUCAAAAAGAAACUAUACGUCGUGUUCAACUUCUAAGCACAGCAGAUUGUUUACGAGCUGAUAAAUCUUGUUUGGCACACGGACUUGAAGUUCGAGUUCCUUUCCUUGAUAAAGCAUUUCUCGAUGUUGCAUUACUUACAAAACCAACAUUCAAACGUGCUAGAAUGCAUAAUGGACGAAAAUUAGAGAAAUGGCUACUUCGAGCUGCUUUUGAUGACCAGGAACCAUAUCUGCCUGAAGCAAUAUUAUGGAGGCAGAAGGAACAAUUUUCCGAUGGUGUUGGUUAUGAGUGGAUUGAUACACUUAUCGAGUUUUGUGGAAAACAAGUCACUGUUGAGGAGAUGGAACAAGCAAAACUUCUUUUCCCAUAUAAUACUCCAACGACUAAAGAAGCUUUCUAUAUGCGUAAAAUCUUUCAAAAACAUUUUCCAACUGAUAAUGCAGCGAAGACGGUGCAAAAAUGGAUACCUAAAUGGCAAGUUAGUUGUUUUUAA